GCAGAAAGAAUCCGGUUAUUCUCUCGAUAAAAACCGGAUUAACAGGUCCACGAGGUCACGCCCAUAUCCUCCCCAAAAGCGGAUAUAAGUCUCAGAUGCUGGGCAACACUGCGACACAACGUUACUGCUUUGUAUAGACACAUAUUAUAUUUAUUUAUUUAUUGUAACUUUUUUUUCGCUGCAUCUCCCACUAAAAAGAAGGUACGAAAAAUGAUGCGUUUGCCCGAACUCCAGAACCAGAAGAACUCUCUGUUCACGGCCAUGAACCGCUUCAUCGGCGCGGUGAACCGGAUGGAUGAGACGGUGAUGGUGCCGAGUCUGCUGCGAGACGUGCCGCCCGCCAGCGCCGCGGACGCCGGGGACGCCGGGGACUACCUGCGCGCCGACGAGGCCGACAUGUACACUUACUACACGCAGCUCAAGACCAUCCGCAACGAGAUCGAGUGGGGAGCCGCACUGCGAGCCGAGGAGUCCCAGCGAGCCGCCGAGAAAGCGGCCGAGCCCGAGAUGAGCGAGCACGACGAGCUGGAGAGCUUGCUGCGGUUCCACCUGAAGGGCCUGUAUGGUGUUCUGACCAAACUCACCAGCCACGCCAACGAGCUGACCGACCGCUACAAGCAGGAGAUCGGCAUCGCUGGAUGGGGACAAUGAGACACUGGUGUGUGUGUGUGUGUGGAGAGGACUUUGAAAGCAUUUAAAGUAUUUCUUUUUUUUUUUUUUUUUUUUUUUUUUUGGAACUAACAUCAUUUUUGGUUGGUGACCAAAACCUGAUGUCAAAGUAUCAAGCUACCCUUUUUGCACAUAUCUUUCCUCCUCUACAUGAUCACACACACUACCUUGUCCGGUAUAUUUGGGAACUCUUGUAUUACUUGCAUUAAUGUUAUUAUAAAAAAAAAAGAAGAAAACCAGAGAAUGGGCAGAGGACUAACAAGGUCUCAUGAUGCAAAAGCUCUCUCCUACAUCACAUCUUCAGCUUUACAGAAAAAGCCUUAACCGUUGCAUGUAUUUAUUUUUGUUGUUGUUUUUGUGUAUAACUUUAGACAGAUUUUAGUUUCACUGAAAGGAAAAAUGAUCUGAAACUAUCUCCGUCAAUGACCUGGAAUGCUCCGAGAAGUUAUGAAGAGCUCCACGAGACGAUUUUGUUGUUGCUGUACUAUUGCCACCAGUGCAUUUUUGUCCAAAACAUUUGUUACUUUUAUAUCCUGAGAUUAUUUUAUAGUAAAAUAAAUUGUCAUCUGUUUAAUACAUGA